AGAAGAGCAAGCGGCUUCGUCGAGGAAGGCGGGAAGAGGCGACGACGAGGCGGCACAAGCAAUACCGAUAAAAAGAUCAACACUAGAUCUGAUGUUAGCGGACAUUAACGGUAACUUGGCGGAUCUGAGAAGCGAAGCGAUGGCGUCGCAGAGGUUUUGUCUGCGUUGGAAUAAUCAUCAAAGUAAUCUACUCUCCGUUUUCGACCAACUACUCCAUGACGAGUCGUUCGUCGACGUUACACUGGCCGUCGAGGGCCAGCUACUCAGGGCACAUAAGAUGGUGCUGUCGGCGUGUAGCCCUUACUUUCAGGCCCUUUUCGUUGGCCACCCCGACAAGCAUCCGAUAGUCAUACUGAAAGAUGUCCCUUACGUGGACAUGCGAAGCCUUUUGGACUUCAUGUAUCGCGGGGAGGUGAGCGUGGACCAGGACAGGCUGACCGCCUUCCUGAGAGUGGCCGAGUCUCUCAGGAUAAAGGGCCUGACCGAGGUGAACGAGGACAAGUGUGACUUGCCGAGCAUCACCUCCUCGCUGCUUGGGAAUCAGAGCACGGUGCCCCCGCCGCCACCGAAUCUACACAGAAUAAACCAAAUCGGGCCCCACCACCACGUGUCCCAGAAGAGGAUGCACCACAUGUCGAGCCACCCGCUGCUCGGCUCGGCCCUGUCCGCGCCCAAGAGGAAGCGGGGAAGGCCGAGGAAGCUGAGCGGCUCGUCCGACACGCCGAUAAGCGAGCUCUCGGCCCAGGAGCUGCAGUCCUGCUCGGGGGCGGACCUCGUCCAGGGCUCGCCCGAGAUGAUGGAGAUGAAGAUGAGUAUCGACUUUCAGGCAGAGGGGGCCGGCAACGCGGCCAGGAAUUCCGGGAACGCGGGCGGCAACAACAACAGCAGCAACAACAACGUGGGAGGAAAUAAUAGCUCGGCAUCGGGGACGGGGGCCGGCAACCUCCCUGCCUCCUCCUCCUCCUCCUCAUCCCUGUCCUCCGCGAGAAAGGACGAGCCGACGGAAAAUGGUACUGACACGCCCGAGUCGCUGACACCCCGCGUGAAACGGGAACCCGAGCCGACGCCCAGCACCUCUGCCCAAGCCUCCGAUGAGACGUUCGCGCGGCCGCACAGUAGACAAGGGAGCGAAGGUUUCAAGCAAGACCAGCUGCCCUGUCUACCGAGCGACAUCACGUUCGAGAUCUGCACGUCGUCCUCCUCGUCGUCACCGCCGCCUCCGCCCCCGCCGCCGCCCCCGUCCGCGCCUUCGACGACGACGGCGACGAAGAGCGGCGAGGAAACGGCGUCGUUCACCGAGGGGAACACGGACGCUACGUACAUCAAGUCGGAGAGAGUGGUGAGCGGUAUGCACUUCCUCACCGACCGGGAGGAGGAAAGGGGCGAUCUAUUGCUGCCCAAGUCGGAGUCAGGGGAGGCCGAACCGGAGGUCAGGAAACAGCUGCUGGAAUACCUCAUUCAAAACGACGGUUCCGUAGUCUGCAAGUGGUGCGGCGAGGUGCUACCGUCUCGAACCCGUUGGUACAGGCACAAGUACAAACUCCACGUCUCCACCCAGGUCACCCAGCCGGCGCCACUGUUCAAGUGCCACAGCUGUAACGCUUACUUCAAGUCCCGUAAAGGUUACAUCGGCCAUCUAAGCUCUCGCCAUUCCGACAACGAAAACGACGAGAACAGGGAAGAGCCGGCCAACAAGAAGGCUCGGAAGACCUCUGACAUCGGGAAGGGGCCAGACUGGGAACAGCAAAGGGAGAAGGAGGAGAAGUUGGUGGCGGACAUAAUCGAUCGGGUGAAAAGGGAGUGCGAGGCUCAGGGUGAAACGGUGACGAGACGAGGCUACUCCAGGCGAUCCACCGUGAUGAACAGCUAAGGAAUGGAUAAAGUGACGUAUAAAUGGGAAAUCUUGUGCCAUAUCAUCGUCGUACGAUGUCCUCCUCGUGACAGCACGGGUCGAAGAACCUACCCCCUGCCGACGCUCGUCCCACACACACACACACACACACACAUACACAGUAUACAUACACACACACGCGCGCGCGUAACCCCUUCCCGCGUAUUUUAGCCGGAUACGAGAAUAAUACCUAUACCACCGUUGAUCAAAGCGAAUAAGAUAUACUUUUAGGGAUACAAAUGUUUAAAGAUCAAAUUAGGAUUAGUUUGGACACGUGUUUAACGGCGUUCUAUGCUCAAUUGUUAUCGUCAAAAUGAUAUCGAUCUUGUCUGCGACGAUUCGCUCGUGAUCGCACGUCGAUUCGCAACGAGGGAUCAUUGAAGUAAUACUCUUACGAAUCCGAUAAAAAAAUUGAUAAAUUAUUCGAAAUUGGGAUGUAUAAAAUUAAUAAGCAAUGGAAUAUUUUUCGAGAACGUUACUCACAGUCAGUUAUCCCUCGUUAUUUGUCGAUAAGUUUCCAAGUUGUCGACGUUCGUCACGAGGUCAUCGUACGAUCGAUUCAACUUUUUUUUUUGCUGCUAUAUAUAGAGAUGGGCCGUUUAACGUGAUUAUUUUCGUUAUUACUCGACAACAAUUUUUUUUCUUUCCCCUCCCCUCCCGUCGAAAAUUACACGACGAAAACAAUUACACGACGUGGUAACGUUACAUGGUCCAUCCUAUAUAUCGUGCGGCGCAAGAUGGCGAAUAUCUCGACGUAUUAAAGAGGCCGAGCGUCGGUAGGAUGACGAUGGAUGGUUUUCGAUCGCCGAAACGAGGAUUACAAACGUGUCUAGUCAUAAUGCACGCGCGGCCGCGUAUAUUUUUUUCGUAUAUCUCAAACGACCGCGCGUUGGUACAUUACGAUACAACAAAAAAAAAAAAGAAAAAAAAGAAAAAAAAAAAAAAAGAAAAAAUGUAUUUGCCAGUUCGUACGCGUGAUUCGAAUCUAUGAACACGGGGGCCUGGUAAUCGCGUCCAUGGCUGCAGCUCGAGAGAAAAAUGAACGUAAGUAACGUAUACACGUUUCUCUCCUCGUUAAAAUUCUCGAUCGUUGGUCGAUAUCGUUCCUUUUGAUCUCGAUAAGUUUCGCGGAUCUUCUAAUCGCAGCGAUACGCGAACGAAAACGCGAAAGUAUGUAGCCGAUAUGUAGCGAGGAAAAAGCGGUAUUUUGCGUCUCUGGUCGCCGCGAUGGCGUAGCUGUCGCUUCGUUUCACCGUGGCUCGGUAAUGUCGGUAACUUUAAUACCCACGCGUGUUCGAAAUAUUUUCUUUCCGUUGAAAUUCCGGAUUUUAUUUGGACACAAUUUAUUUCGCGAGAUAAUUCUUAAUCCUGUUAAUCGUUGCAAAUGAUAUUAUAUUUUAACGAUAUUCAUCCUUAUAAUAAUCAUCAGUGUAUCGUAUAUUUGAACGACAAAAAUAUGAUUUCUCAAAGUAAAAAGGAAAAAAUAAAUCGACGUUACUGAUCCAAGGUCGAAACGAUCGUACUUUAUUAUUAACGCGAGAUGAAUUGCGAUAAUCGAGCCUGAGAAGCUCAAUUGACGGGAAUCCAGUGCCAAAUAUAUAUCUUCCCAGGCGUACGAUAUCUCGUUGCGUAUAAAAAAAAAAAAAAAAAAAUGCGAAUGUUCACUACGAUACGCGAUGAGAGCGAUCGUUUGCUCAAAAGUGCAACCGUACUACUAAUUUCCUUCGAUUCUGUUCCAUUACUUUCAUUUUUGUUACAUUCGACGUGUGCAGGUGUUGCGUGUUAUAUCGGGAUCCGCGUGAGCCAAAUAUCCUCCAUUUUGGAAACAAAUCGUACAGUGGAUGGGACGCGCGUGAACGUCACGCGUGAAAUUCAUAGAAAUUAUAUCGGUAUACGGGUAUUGAUACGUGUAAGUCGCGUGAAUGACGUUCACGAAGAUUUCCAUUCGAGAAGAAUAAAGUUGAAUAUAAAUUUCAAAGGAGAAAGAAAAAAAAAAAAAAAAAAAACUUCAGCCGAGUUUUA